CUCUUCCUGGUUCAGAGAAGUGAAUUAAAGGCCAUGUGCCUCUCUUCCCCUUUCACUUUGCCCUGCCGCCAGCCAGGGUGCAACAACAACAGAAGUUCUACACCACUUUCUUACUAGUGCAUAAGGUGACUGUAGUCAAGAUGUCUCCAUGCUGUUGGCUGGCUCUGUUGGCUCUCGUCCCCUUAGCUCUGGCCACCAACCCUGGAGUCAAGGUCAAACUCACAGAGAAGGGCAUUGAAUAUGGCAAACAAAUUGGGAUGGCAUCUCUGCAGCAGAAACUCAAGACCAUGAAGGUCCCAGACCUCUCUGGGACAGAGCGAGUUGCUCCCAUUGGCAAGGUCAAGUACAGUUUGACAGGAAUAACGAUAGUGAAUCUGGGACUGCCGUACUCUGCUCUGGCACUGGUGCCAGUUACUGGAAUCAGCCUAAGCAUUACUAAUGCCUUCAUCAGCCUGCAUGGGAAUUGGAAGAUCCGAUACCUCAGUUUCAUAAAAGACAGUGGCUCCUUCGACCUGGAGGUGAAUGGACUCACCGUCACUGACAGUAUUACAAUCAAGAGUGAUGAGACUGGCAGGCCAACGGUCAGCAGUGUCAACUGUGUGGCCAACGUGGGCAGUGCCAGCAUCAAGUUCCAUGGUGGAGCAAGCUGGCUGUACAACCUUUUCAGUGCCUACAUUGACAAGGCCCUGCGCAGUGCUCUGCAGAAACAGAUCUGUCCCCUAGUGGCUGAUACUAUUACUGACAUGAACCCACACCUCAAAACUCUCAAUGUUCUAGCCAAAGUGGACAAGUAUGCUGAAGUUGAAUAUUCCAUGGUGACAUCACCCACUAUUUCAAAUACCUCCAUUGAUUUCAGUUUGAAGGGUGAGUUCUAUAACAUUGGGAAGCACCAGGAGCCUCCGUUCUCCCCCACGCCCUUCUCCCUGCCUCCUCAGGUCAACAACAUGCUCUACAUCGGAAUGUCAGCCUUCACCACCAACUCUGCAGGCUUCGUGUACAACAAUGCUGGAGCACUUAGCCUCUAUAUCACCGAUGAUAUGAUCCCUCCAAGCUCUCCCAUUCGGCUGAACACCAGAACGUUUGGGGCCUUCAUUCCAGAGAUAGCCAAGCGUUUCCCUAGCAUGAUGAUGAAGCUGCUGGUGAAGACGGUGAAAGAGCCCACCAUCUUCUUUGAGCCCAACAACGUGACUGUCCAGGCCAGUGGCAGCGUGACGGCCUUCGCCAUCCAGCCCAACACCACCCUCUCUCCCCUCUUCGUCCUCAACAUGGAGGGUAGUGUCAGUGCUCGACUGUACGUGGCCGGGGUGAAAUUGGCCGGGGCUGUCACUCUGAACAAAAUUGAGAUGACUCUGGAAACGAGUUAUGUGGGACAGUUUCAGGUUCGAUCUCUUGACAACAUCUUCCUGAUGGUCCUGAAAGUGGCUGUGAUACCAAAGGUCAAUGCUCGCCUAGAGAAGGGUUUUCCCCUUCCCUCUAUUGGAAAGAUGAACCUUGUCAACACUCAGCUGCAGGUCCUGAAGGACUACAUGCUGAUUGGGACAGAUGUUCAGUUCACAGGAUAAGUGCCAUGUAAAUCUCAUCGCAAAUCAACAAUCAAAUCAAACCAAUGAGACAUGCAAUUAACAUUUAAAAAUCUAAAUGUAUUACACAUAGCAAUACACCACAUUCUUAAAUAUCUUUCAAUCAUUGCAGUAUUCCACUUUUGUCCAAUUUAUAAUUAAUAUAUUUGUAUAAUUAAACAAAUCACAAUAAAGCUUUUUUAAAUUUGUA